AUGCCCUCAGGGGAGGACACGGCGGCACUGGCAGCAAUGCCAAUCUCUAACCCCAGCGACAGGGCCUCCAGGCGUAGUGUGACUGCGUCGAAGCUGCUGUGGAGCCGUGGCUUAGAGCUCGAGGAGCUCCAACUCAAGCUGGCCAAGAUGCAAGGACUGCUGGGUGAUCUGCGUCGAGCUGCGUCACGGAGUGGUUGA